AUGACAUCGGGCGUUCAUUCACUACCCAUUCCUGCUUCCAAUCAAGCGUUCUGCGAUGUCUCUGCUCUUGAAGCUGGCUUCCUCCCGUUCCGUUGCAAUUAUGCCGUUGCUGGUGUCCAUGAAAACGAUCAGCACCUCGCUCCAAUACUAGCUUUCCUCAUUACGCAUGCCCCCUCCGGAAAGCGACUCGUCUUCGACUUGGGGAUGAACCUCGAUGAAGAUAACCUGGGCGUUACUCCAGCAAUGAGGGAAACGUUGAAAGAUUCUGGUAUAUACAUCAACAAAGAUGUGGUUGCAUCCUUGCAGGACGGUGGCAUCGAACCGGACGACGUUAAUGUCAUUGUCUUAUCUCACAUACACGCCGACCACGUCGGUAAUCCGGCGAAAUUUAAGAAAGCCAGAUUCUUGGUCGGCAAUGAUUCGCGUGGAUUAUUCGAAUCGGGAUACCCAGUGGAUCCAAAGAGUUUCUUCGACUCACGUUUACUUCCGAAAGACCGGACGGAUUAUUUUGACCCACAUGGUGAAGACUGGAAGCCUAUUGGACCUUUUGAACGUGCUUUCGAUUACUUUAACGAUGGAUCCCUCUACUUCAUUGACGCACCAGGCCAUCUUCCAGGGCAUAUCAACCUUCUCGCACGUACCUCAUCAGAUGGCGCUUGGAUCUACCUCGCAGCCGAUAGUGCACAUGAUUGGAGACUCGUCCGUGGUCAAGCUGAGAUUGCGGUCAGUCACCACCCUGUGUACGGAGUUAGAUGUGCUCAUACGGAUGUGGAGGCGGCGAAAGAUACGAUUCGAAGGAUUGGGGAAGUGAUGCGUUUCCCUAGGGUACGUGUACUUUUGGCACAUGAUAAUGAAUGGUAUGAGCAAAAUAAGGAUGGGAAGGCUUUUUGGCCUGGAAAAAUACCUUCUCUGUAAAGUGGAUGCAUAGUGUCAUAUAAUCCGGUUUUCGUGUCUGAGGAUGUAUAUUAUGUGAAUUAAAGUGAGUAAAUCAC